AGUGCAUCGCGGGCGACGUGCACACGGGAGCGAUUCGACGACGACGGGAAUGUCAACGACCGGACCGCGGUGUUUCCCGUGACGCGAAAUCAAAUGGACUUUUCGCUCUACGUCGAUUUGGUGUUGGGGGUCGUGUUGCAGAUGUUCAUCCCGCACAAGGGCCCCGUCGGUGAGUAUACCAGCAACAAACUUACUGUUGUAUUUAUAAGCAUAAUUCAUCGUCCGCGAUGACCGCGCUUGUAAAAGUCCUCAUACACUGCACCAGCGCCUAACCCAAUCUAACCUAUAAACUAUUAUCCAUCUUUUAUACGACCGUUCGACGAGGGCCGAAUUUGAAUUUUAAAGUUACGAUGCCAUCGGUACACACUGAUGCGGUUAUAUAUAUAUAUUGUCCGUACCGCGGUAUAUACCCACCCCAACGCCGUAAUUCCGUUUUCAAGAGGGUCUGAAUGUGAACGGUUAACCAUUACGGGUCCUUUUACCAGGUAUGAUUGUAGAUACGUUGAUACAUCUAUGUAAUAAUAUGAUAAUAAGUAGUGAAAAAAAGUAAAAUAUUCUAUAAAUUCGUUUCGGUCUUGCAGAGGCUGCAUUUUUUUUUUCUAACUUACGGCUGUGGAGCCAGUGGCCAUUUGUUCACUUUGCCCAUCCGAAAACUGCAUUAUAGGUUAGGUUAAGGUUAAUGUAAUUUAACCCGUGAUCACAAUUGAUACGAGCUCUCCUAACCGCCGGCGUACAUGUUUAUCUGUUUUCCAGAAGGAAUGAGUUUGAUAACGGCCACGUGGGAUCAUGCGGUAAAUUCAAAGGCCAAACUGCAGGCAGCCUUGACAAGUGAGUAAAUGUUUUAGGCGAGUACUUUGAAUUCCAUACAGUUAUUAGGUAUUAGAUGCAAAAACGUCACAAUGUUAUCGUUAUAUUGGUAAUGGUUAUUUGAUUUUUUUCUAUCGAAAUCAAAAAUUCAAUUAUAUAAACAAUAAAAAUAUUGUAUAAAACCGUUAAGAUUGUUACCUACAUUGAAAACAAAAUUUUCAUUAAAUUUAACAUUAUUGAACCAUACAUAUUUAAUUCAUUCGAUACUGGAAAUAAUAAUAGUAAAAGAAAGUAAUGGGGGGAGGGGGGUAAUAUGGGUGAUUAAAUCUCCAUAUCCCCCGUUUAUAUUCUCUCAAGUAGGACUGUAAUUUAAUGCACUGAAAACUAAUUAAAAACAUUUUUAAAAUUUCCAAAACAAUAACCGAAAAGGCAUUUCGAUAAAAUGCGCUGAAGAAAUACAUCUAAAAUAAUAUUAUUUUCUUAUAGAAUCGUAACAUUGAAUCACACAUUGGAUCUGUAUAUAGACAGAUCUUAUACACAGUUAUACAACCUAAGUAAAAUAUUAUUUUUAUAACAGACAACAAUAUAAUUAUACAAACACACACAAUUUUAUUUCAGAUCUAGCAUUAUUUUAGGGAUCUGAGGGGAAUCAAGGCUAAAAAAAAAUACCCUCCUACUGCAACAACCUAGUAAAAAUCAUAUUGAAAUUCAACCAAAAUAUUUAAAAUUUCAAUUUACCUAUAAAACAACAUUAAUUUUCGAUUUAAGGGGGGUUUACAUUACAUCGUGCCGUCUCGUGUAAUCAAAUUUCCUCUGAUUGGCUGAACCACGUGGUUCCAUUCAAUUAUAACCAUAUGGUAUACCGUAAUUUCAUCACACGAUAUCACAGUAAUCAAACUAUACCGCAUAGUUGAAUAUAUUCAACUUUUGAAUUGUUUAAAUUUAUCUGCAGAAAUAUUAUAAUUAAAAAGAAAGGUAAAAUGUUAUCAUCAGGUACAAUAUUUAUAUAAUCGAUAAGGACUUAGGUAUCAUUGAUAUUGCGUUUUGAUAUAAGCAUAUAAAACAAAGGCACAUGAUCAUUAAAAACACGACAUGACACUACACUGUGUUAUGUGAACUCCCAUUUAAAGCUUAUUUUGGUUGCCGGGGGAGCCGUUAAAAAGUAACAGACGCAAUACAGUGCAAUAAUCUCUAUUUUCGGGAAAAUUCGACAAUACAACUUACUGGCGGAUAACAAAUAUUAUUAUAGGUACAUACUCGGUAUAAAAUGACGACCAAGUAAACUAUUAUGCGCAAGUUUUAGCUGCUUACACUUUUCGACGUAAGCAAAUAUUGUGUUUUGUGUUUCGAAAAUGAGUAACUCGGCUUGCCGCAGCAGUUGUUAUUCGGCUGCAUAUUACAUUUUACUUGGUUACCAUUGUUUGUGUAUAAUUUCAACCUUUAAUUCUAUUGAGACUCUUGGCAACGCCCUUUUUUAUAUUUUUAAUUUCUCUAACCAAUAUUUGUAUUAUACAAUUUAACGACAUGUUACCGUGUCCUAGGGACAUCAUGGUAUACACAAUACAUAUUUAGAUAUCAUUUCCAAUAUAUAGGGUUAUCAACAUAACGUAGUAAUACACUUUACAUAAAAGCAUGUAUUAACAUUUUUGUUUUUUUAAAAAAAUUAAGAAAUAAUGUAUUAAUUACCGUUUUUUUUUUUUUUUUUGAGAUUAUGAUUUUUAAAUAGCAACCUAAACACCGACAUCUAUUUAAUUUAAAAAUGCAACCAUUUAUUGAAUUUUCAAUUGCUAUUAUUUGAAAAUCAAAAGUGGAUGAUGAUGGUUUCAUACUCAAAUAUAAGGGGAACAAAAGCCAACGGCAAGGUCACAAUAAUGUGACCUCGCACAAUGACAAUGUGACAAUCAACACUAAAAAGAGUUGUUUAUUGUUUUUUUUUAUUUUCUGAAAAACGAAUUAGACACAAAAACCGUUAAUAAUGAUAGUAUCCAACGUAGCAUCACUCUGUAUGUUUACAUAUGCAUAUACGUAAUUGAUCAAAUAUUAAAACAAUAAAAUAUAUCGCUUCUGAAUUGAAAUAAUAUCGAUUGGUUGAUUUUUUUUUUUAGAAAAUCUGAGUUGGAUAUCGAAAUCGCUAUUUUAAUAUGAUUUGAUUUUAAUUCGUUGAAUUGCAUGGUUUCUGCAUAUACAUAUAUGUACACGUUUCUUCAGUAAUAGAAAACGACAAUUUAAUUAAAAGAGCAAAAAAAAAAAAAAUCGGAACAAUUGCUAACUAAAAAAAAACAAUACCUACCCACGUGAAAAAAUAAAACAUCGGGUAUUACGAGUAUAAUAUAAUUUUAUGUUAACGAAUAUUUUUAAAUUUUAAAUAAAAAAAAGGCGUAAAAAUAAUAAAAAAAAUAUUUCUACAUUAAGACCGUAAUAAUUUACAAACCGUCUAAAAUGACAAUAAUAUUAUUAUUCGAAUGUAAACAAUCAAUCCUGUCGCCACACUUGUCAGCUUAGAUGUAUUUAAAUAAUUUCAUAUUUAGUGUGUGAUGUUUUUGGUAAACAAAAGUGAUAUUUAACUGCAGUAUAGGUAUUCAAAUACUCGUGUCGAAAAAUGCAUGCUAGAUAGGUACUCUGUGACACGCGAGAAAUAAAUUAAUAUAUUCAUCGCCAGUUUAUAGAAGUGCUGCGUCAGUCAUUAAGUAUAAAUGUAUAAUAAUAUAUAAGAAAAGAAAAAAAAACAAUAAUAUUUUCCAAAUCAAAAUGUCACAAAACAAUAUAAACAAUCGAUUUCAAACGUGUCCAAUAAAAUACAAUUAUUUUUAAUAGAUAAAGUACAAAAUAAUAUACAGUGUAAUUUUUUGAUUGCGGUCCACUGGUUGAAUCUAUUUAUAUGCCUACGCAUAUUUCGAGUACAAUUCGAUUUAAAUAUAGUAACAGAUAUAAAAUAAAUUAUAAUGAGAUUUAAAAGGGGGAAAGGGUGAGGGAUAAUGCUAUUUAAAAAUCAAAAGUUAACGUGUAUUUAUAGUACGUAGAAAAUAAGAGUAAAAUUUAGAAAUGAUUGUGAAAACUAUUAAACGAAUGCAUAUAUCUUUUCAAGGAGUAAGGGCUUAAGUUAAUUUUUUAUAGAUAUUUCUUUUGAAAUAUUCUUUUUUUUUUUUUUUAGUCUUAAUGGCUAAAAAAGCCAUAUAAAGCUUAUAAAAGCUUAAGACACAAUCUAUAUAAUACUAUACAAAUAUGUAUUAAUGUACUUUUUAUUUAACAAAAAACAGGGACAAGUCAUACGAUCAUUAUAUGAAUUAAAUUAUUUAGAUUAGGUACCAAAACGAGAUAAGAAAAAAUAAAUUAUAUCGUUUAUUGUACAAAAGCGCCAAAAUUCUAGGCAAUAGAAAAAUGGGACUUUUCAACGUUUAUUUCGGCGAUAAAGGCAAAAAUAAAUGUCAUAGCAUACGUAUACGGUGAAUAUUAUUUUUGGUAUAAAAUAAUUUGUAAUGUACAUAGAUAGGUUGUCACAUAAUAAAAAUAAAAAGUUGACACUGGGAACGGGUGCGCCACUGUUGUAGAUGAAAAGUAGGAAAGGUAGUAUACAUAAGGUUAUGUAAUUUAUGCCUGUAAGCAACGAUAAACCAGUUCUAAUGAAAAACGAUUUGGAGCGAAGUUCGGUAACACAAUCAAUUGUUAAAAAAAUAGAUUAAUUAAAAUAACAAUUUUAGAAGAAGCUUAUGGUUUUACAAAGGCGUUUAUUUUUUUAUUCUUGUGAACAACUUUUCUACCAGCAAUUUUGCUUCAAUUUAUAAUGAUAGCAAUUUUUUUUAAAGGAAAUCUGCCUGGGGAAGUACUUCAGGAAAAUCAUUUUGUGAUUUUUCCAGGAGUUUUCCGAAUAAAUAGGAAAAACGGUAAAAUAGGUACAAUAUUAAAGAAAUAUGUAAUUAUUUUACCAUAAUAUGACAUAUACAAGGCGAUCCAUUUAAGUGGGUAUACACAUUAUCUCGGAAAGUAUUAACAUUUGUCGGACUUUUUUUUUUAAACCAUUUAAGAAACAAACAACUCUAUAAUUUUAUAUGCAUGCUAUUUUUUGUCACCCUUAUUUUUGGGGGUAAAACCACUAACAACUUUUGAUUUUCAAACGGCGAUCUAUGUUAAAAAUUCCAUUUAUAAAUGGAGUAUUAGUCAAAAUAAAUUUCAGUGUUGAAAUGUUUGAUUUCCGUCAAUCCGUUGACGAGAUAUUCCACUUUUAAGUUUGGGUUGGAGGAGAACAGUGGAGCAUCAUUUGUGUGGCGGUACGGCGGGCGACGUGUUAAUAACGCACCUGUCUCCAUUAUCCUAGGACAGCAGCGGUUUUUUUUUUACUGUAUGACAAUGUUUAUACAUUUUGAUCAGCCCUCUUCGUAAUAAAUUUUUGGAUACGCGCCUGUAUACGGGUAUUAGCGUGUACUAUACAGAGGCUCCUAAAGGAGUAUACAAAUAUUACAAAUACGCAUUAAUACUGUACAGCCGCCAGUUGGUACACUAGUAUUAUACAAAUUACAAUUUUUUUUUUUUAAUUUUUCGAAAUUGAGUCAUUGGUGCCUCUGAGUGUAAUAUUGAUUGGGGCCUACCGGGAAAAUCCCGAUUUCCUGAUAUGUCUAUCCACCCAUGUGUCUGUGUGGCAUUAAAUUUAAAACUAUAUCGUUCAAAACCGUCAAGCGUUUAAUCGUUUAAUGUCAAUUUUAAAUAUUUUUAGUUCAAAAAUUCCAAACAUUUAAUCUUAAUUGACAAAAUGUAUUAUUUGUCAGAUCAGAAUCCCAUAGAGCUAGAUAGAUACAGUUUUGUGUUGUAUACUUAUUUAGUAUUCGCAUAAGCAAAACUGAAAAUUAAUUUUACAAAAACUUAGAUAAUGUGUUAUUGAAUUUUACAAAAAAAUUAUUAUAAUUUUUUUAUUUAUUUAUUUGUAUGUAGAUAUUAUUAUUUUAUCAUCAAGAUUAUAUUAUUGUUGAUUGUUGACUUUUUAAUUAUUUGGGAAUAUAUUAAAUAUUAAUAUUAGUACAAAUAAUAUGUAUUGUUUAUAUCAUUAGCGCUUUUGUCAUAUAUUGGGUAGGUUAUAUUUACGCUUAUGUCCUACUAUUUUUGGUGCAAAUGAUAUAUAAUUUUUAGACCUUUGGCGAUUAUAUUGUUCUCAUCAUAGUCAACAACAGGGCCGGCGUUACGGUUUGCGUGGCCCCGGAUAAAUUUAUUCUUGUAAGAAUUUUUUUUUUUCAGCGUACCAUUCCUCCCGCAUAAUAAUUAUAAUAAUACCCAACACUUGGCCUUGAAAUACUGUUUGAUAAAGCAACGCGCGUGUACUUGUUCUCCCAAAAUAUUACAUUUCUAAAAUAAAUUAUUUUUUUAGUUUUACACCCAUUAUAAAUUUAUGCUACCCUUUUUUAUGGGUCCACAAGUGCGGGGCCUCUGAAAGCGCUAGAUCCUGGACGUAAGCCCAACUUGCCUUACUCUAACGCCAAACCUGGCCAGAAAUUAAGCCAUUCAGCUAAUUAGGUUCAGUUAGGUUAGGUUCCAGUUUAAUUUAAUUACUCCAGUUUAAUAAUUCUCGGAAAUAUAUUUUAAAAACUAUAUACAAAAUUGAGUUAAGACCUUUCUCUCCGGGACCAAAAUCAAUUUCACUCGAAAUUUCCAAAGAUAUUAUAUUUUCUGAAUCGUUUUUUUUUUUUGUACAAAAUCUGCAAUACCAAAUAACAUACCACUAUAUUUUAACGACCCAGAAAAUUGAAAAAAUAAAACAUUGAUGACAUUUUAAAAGAUUGAUAAAAAUAUUGUAGAAUAGUGUGUUCAAAUAAUAUAUAUUUUUAAAUAUUCCAAUAUAAUGUAGGUAUUUAAAACAUUAUCACGUUACAAUAUUCCACUCUUGUUUUUUUUUUUUUUACUGCUAUCUUUUAUUGGUAGAGAAUACAAUAUUUUCUAAUAUGUAAUUUAAAUAUGAUAUAUUCCGAUAUUAUAGUCAGUCAGCUAUCAUAAUACGCACCUUAUGUAAAACUAAUUCCAGUGUAUUCAUACUAACCAAAUGUGCGUACUUUUCAUGAAAUUAUUUAUAAUUUUAAAAUUAACGUCCUUCAGCAAACCUUUGAUGAUUUGUAUGUAUUUUUCCGCUGAGCUGAUGUUAUUGUCGACCAACGCGAUCAGUUCGAUGAGUGGUUUGUCCUUGUCGCCAUUCGCCUUCACUUUGAUGUCUUCGAGACUGAACAGACUGCCGCCAAUGUCGGCGAUGUUCGUUCUGAUCGUGUUCUUCACCCGCUGGAAUUCUUGCUCGUCCCACAACGGGUUGCUUACGAUUUCGGUUAGCGUUUUGAAAUAUUUCUGGGAGUCCAACGCCAUGUAUGAUUUGAACUUGUCCAGCAGGCUACCGAUGGACAUCCACAUCCGUUCGUACUCACCCACCAGACCGUUGUCGCCGUUCACGCCGUCCUUAAAUUUCGACAUCCAGUGCUCUUUGCAAUACGUCACGUGAAUUAGUACGUAGCCCAUCAGUGACGCGGCCACUGUAGACAAGAACUUUUUCUGAUACAACACCAGUUCCCGGGUGCCGGAAACCCAAUUUUUUUUCGACAAGUUGUAAAUAUGUGACAGCUGGCCAGCGGACGUUUUCCAAUCGACGCCGAUAUCUCGCACAAGCAUUUUGCUCAGAUUUUCGGUACCGUUAGCUGCGACAUCGUUCAGAUACAGCCAACGCGGUUCCAAGUCCGUUUCAUGGAUCUGAUAGUCGUCCUUCGAAUCCGUUUUCUGUACGAUCUCCGUCAUGUUUUCCAAUACGUAUUUUUCGAAUGACUCCUGCGUAUAUUCGUUGCCGGUCAGCUGUCGCCUUUUUUUACAAACCUUUAGGUAUCGACUCAAAUCGUACUUGAUCAAUUCGAUGCCGUCGGACAUUAGCUCCCAUGUCUGGUUGUUUUUCGGCCGAAAUUGUUGCCGUGCCGUGUUCGUGUACAGGUUUAACAGCCAUAGCCACCGGGUGGUCGGGUCCGGCUGGUUGUUCGCGACGAACAGCAUCCGCGUCACCAGAACCCCGUACUUAGCGCUCAGGUCCACCACCCGGUUGUCCAUGAACUUGAUCAUCAUGCACACUCUUUGCACGUAAUUCCAGGCGUUAAAGGCACACACGCACUGGAAUUCGUCCACGGAGCCGCGGGCCCGGUCAACGGUCAACGCGGCUACCGCCACGAGCAGAGCGAUUACCACGAAACGGAACGAAAUCGUCAUUUUUUUUUUCACGGUUUUCCGAUAGCGGUAAUAAUAAAAAAUAAUAAACCCAAACGCGAACUAAACACGGGAUACGCGCGGCCAACUGCGACGCGCUAAACAAUUUUCAAACGCACUGAUUUAGUUACCAGCUACAACGUGUACAUGUGGUACGGCGUUUAUUUGUUUUUCAAAAUUCGCCGCGUUUGCGUGUGCAAAUAAUAACGGGUGAUGUGUGCUCCCAUUGAUUGUAUACAAUAUAUCUAUUUAAAUACGCGUGUAUACAGAAUGAUGUUCGUAGCGUUAAACUUUUCGUCUGUCACAUCAAUUCGUUGUAUUUUUUUUUAAAGGCUGAUACUGUUGACAUGGAUUUGUCACUGUUUUAGCAUGGAAGUUUGAAGGGAUAAUUGUUAAAGUAAUUCGAUGUAGGUUGAUCAUAUUCGUAACGAUAAACCAUUGCUAACGAAAAAACGAUUCUAUUUUUAUUAGUAUUAUUAGUCGUAUACAGAAACAGAGAUUUUGGAUCAGAAAAAUGUGAUAUAAAACUCACUUUAGGACCAGCACAAAGUGAAUUUUAUAAUCGAAUAAACCUUUUAGGCGAAAUAGAGAAAUGGUAGAAUGUGUUUGGGCCGUUCCAAAUGAUUUUGAGUCUAAUAAGCGACUGAACCUUAUAUCCGUGAGUCUUUUGAGCGGCGUCCAAUGUACUAUAUAGUCUAUAGUUCUAGACUUCUACAUUAUUAAAUCUUAGACGAUCAAAAACUAUACCACGUCUAUAAAUGAUUAAUAUAAGUUUGUGGCUUGGUGCAAGAAGAGACAAUGUCAAUAUUUUGAAAACAUCAGUUAGAAAUAAAAAAUGAAAAAGUGUAAAGUUUUUGUAAAAAUUGAAAAUUACACAAACAUUUACAUUUAAAUGUACAAAAAAAUGUUGUUUGAAAAAACUGACAUAGAGUGUAACAAUGUAAUUUACGUUUAAUAAAAUACACAGAGCCUUAUGGGGAAUUAAAAUUUUAAAGCCCUUUUCUCAACAAUCACAAAAUUUGACAUUAGCCCUUCUUGCACCGAGCCACAGAAGUAUAUUCUGUGAAAAUUCUCUACGAUUAUUUUUAAUCAAAUUACAACAAAAAAAUACAUUCGAAAAUAAUGCAACGGUUAAUACCUUAAACUUUCCUGUUUUUUCUCAAUUAAUAAAGAAAGAAAAAUGUUUUUCUUGUACACUAUCUAUAAAUAGACAAAACUUUAUUUAAGAAAAAAUUCUACUUUUGAAAUUUGGACCAAUAUUUCUGAUAGAACACAAAAUCGAAAAAAUGUAAAUAAUGAAAUCGUUUACGCCUUGAAUAUUUGUCCGUUUUUUCUAAACGGUUUUUCCCAGGUUUUCCGAAUUAUUAUGAAAACUACUUGGAAUUUCUCCAACUACAUGCGAAAUGCAACAAAAAAGUUAAUUUGUAACUUUUUGGUUGGAACAAUAUUUCUAAAUAUACACACACCAAAUACAAUCUCAAACAUCAUAUAGUGAAACCGAUACUUUUCUCGUUUCACUCAGAGUUCAGAAUAUUAAAAAAAAAAAUUAAAUCCUGGCUUCGUUUAAAAUAAAAUGAAACAGAAAAUAGCAAUGGCCAGUAAAAAGUCCGGAAGUGUGAAUACAAAUGACAAUAACAUGCAUUUAAGCAUUUAAGCAUUUAAGCAUGGGGCACUUUUACGUAGAUAAUGAUAUGUAGGCGUGUUUUUUUUUAAAUAUGUGUUUUGUACUUUUUUAAAUUUUUGUCAAACCCCUUUUGGGAAAUAGAAAAUCUGACCACGGACUUGUAUAGUGGAUGAUAUAUAUUACAAACAAUGAACGUAUGAAGAAUUUUUCAAUAUUUUUCACAAAAGCCAUACUCUCUUUGAUAUUAUAUUAAGCAUAGUAAUAUUUAAAUACAUAUUAUUACUAUUACUUACAGUAUACCAACUUAAUAAAGCUCAGAUUAUAGGAGGAGAGUGUGGCGAGGUCAUGGGUACCGAGCUACAAGACUUCAAGGAACUUGGUUUUUGCCAAAGUUUGUCUCUUUAUCAGUGUAUUCAUUUCAUUGACUUAGAAUUUCAAUAUUUUUUGAUAUUUUUUUUUUGUCAUUAUUAUUUUUAAGAGCCUCUUUGAUUUAUUAUCCGCGGGAUUUCUGAAUGUCAUUACUCGGGCUUGUAACUGCUCAAAAAAAACCACAAUAAAAUGUAUACUCCAAAAACUAGACUGUAUAUACUGCAACAAUGUAAGUAGAUAAUACGGUAAAUUAUAAUGACAUCAUUCUAUUCAUAUUUACUUACAAUAUUAUAUGUAGGUAUUUUUUUAAUUUUUUUUUCUUUUUUCAUGUUGGUAAUAGUUAUACAUUGAAAAGCAUACCAUUUAGUAUUUUGAUUUUUUAUAAAUUAUUAUUCAUAAAUAUAAUAACGUGUACCAUUUUUGCAUUUACGCCUAUUUUGUUAUUGACUAAAAUGCGUACAUAUGUACUUCAAAUAAUAAUAAUUAUUUAUAAUCAUAAUGUUCGAAACUGUAUUAUUAUUCAUAACUAAAGUUUUUCAUCAAUACCUAAGGUUUCAUUAUAAUUAUAAUAGUAGGUAACUCACCAUAGGCUCAACUAGGAAGGUGCUAGAGAGUCUUUAGCACCCCCCAAGUUCAAAAUUAGCACCCCCAAAAAAACCCAAUCAGGUUUUUCAUAGUAAUAAUUAAAUAUUUUAUUCGUGUAUUUCAUAAUUAAUGAGCAGGAUAAAAUAUACGUAACAUUUUCCCAACAGAAUUUUAUACUGCAUGAGUGUACGAAAAAUAAUGUUAAAAUAUUUAUGAUAAAUUUGCAUUUACAAAAUUAUAAAUAAAAGGUGUAGUUGACUAUUGUAAGAGUCGUGUAAAGGGAGUUAUUGGAUCAUACCCAGCAUACCUCCCAUUGGUCUUUUAUGUGUCCGUAAUUUUCUUCUUCUUUUUAGGUUACCCGACCUCUAGGACCACGUCUCAUAACCGAUUCUCCAGCCGACUAUUCAUUGUCAAAUCCUUCCAAUUUACUCCACCUCCUAAUUCUUCUACAUCCCUCUUAACUAUAUCUUCCUAUCUCAAUUUUGGUCUUCCCUAAGGCUUUUUUCCUUCCAGGUUCUGUUCCAAUACCAUUCUUAAUAUAGAGUUUCACUCCUCAUUGCAUGUUCUGCCCUGUCCUGUCCUAUGUUUCAUUAAACAUUUUUUAUAGCUCUUUGUUUUCCUUCUCUUCCACUCCUACGAUUUGGUCUUUUAUUGAUCCAAAGAUUUUCCGUAAUAUUUUUCUUUCUAGUAUUUCUAAGAAUUUAUUUUCAUCUGAUUUCCUUAGUGCCCAGGUUUUGGAUCCAUACAAUAUCACUGGUCCUAUUAGACUGGUUUACAUAAUUUUAGCAUCCUCAAAGUUGGUGGUCUAAUUGCAUCUAUGCCGUAACUGUUUGUAUACAUGCGUAUAUUAUUGUUCCUCAGGUGAAUCUAAAAUGAUUGAAGCCGACGUAAUAACGGGCCACUUGAUCAACGAAUCAGUAGUGGAAGGCGAGAAAGUCGAUCGGAUACCAAUAAUGGGACACCCGCCUGCGAUAACUUCGGACUUGAGUCUUCAAGAAUUUUUGGACGCGUGGAAUCAUACGAGUAAAACGUUAAAACUUGAUUUUAAGUCAACCGACGCGUUUAUGACGGCCAUACCGGUCAUGGAGAAAUCGUUUAAAGUAAGUAUUAUUUUUACUUUUUUCUAAAAGAUCAGUCUUUACCUUAAUAUAUUGUAAUAAGUAUAAAAAAAUACUGAAAUGGUUUUUUUUAUCAAAUUUUCCUCCAAAAUAGAGACUAUAGUUUAUAUUACACUCUAUUGUAUCUAUCAUACAUACAUUUUUCGAGGUGCAUUUUAAUAUUUUUAGCGACUCCCUCUGGACCAAAAGAGCUCAAACUCGGGUAUUUUUUAUAGGUAGGUUAAAGUGAUAAAAUCUUGGUUAAAUUUCAAUACGAACUGAACCAAGUUUUCACGGGAAAAUGGUGUUUUUUUCAGUUUUGUACACUAAAUGAAACCAUUUUGCAUAAAACUAACGUUUACGAUGCAAAGUCCUUUUUGUUUUAUGGUGAAAAUUUGGUUUCUUAAUACGUUCAUUGCCCGUGCAAAACGGUUUUUUGUAAACAUUUUUACUAAUUUAAUGAGAUCACUUGUAUAUGUACCAGGUAUGUAAAUAUGAAACCGGAAUUCACCUAUAAAUACCUCUAGUUAUCAAUGUAUUUAUUCCUCCCAAACCACAUAAUUGACGUGUUAUGUUAAAAUUUGACCAUGGAUAUUCAACUUAUAACAGUACAAGUUUCAUAUAACUGAAAAUUAUUACAAGAAUAUUAUAUAUUUUAUCAUGCAAUCGUAGUUUUUUUUUAAUAAACCCAGUAUUCAUAUAAAACUUAAUAAACAAAUUACCUAAGCACUCAUAACUUUUAAAGUGAUAUGUUUUCAGAGUGGUUCUUUAUUUUAGUUAAAUUCUUCUUCCUUAAUUUUUAUCAUAAGCCAUUUUACGUUAAAUCAUAAUACACAUUCCGAGAUAAAACGAUUUUCUACAGUUUUUGAUGCGUUAAUGCAUUUUAUCUCCGUACAGAAUUUAAAACCACCAAAUCGUGUCCCUUGGCUAAACGCUGACAUCUUACCAGGCCCCGGUCCGGGAGACAGUCCAGGAGUAAACGCGGACAUUUUUCUCGGAACUUCGUCGAAGAAUUUUCCCGACUCGAUUUUAUCAUUGGGCUGGACUACAAAACGCAACGACAACAUUGACGGUUAGUACAUAUACCUAUAAUCUAUAUUAUGAUAGAUGUCUAGUGCUCAAAUAUUGGACAAUUAUAAGAAAAUGUACUGUGAGACUUCCAAACAAAAUUGGCGUCCCUUAAAAUUGUUGAACUCACCCCUAAUACCCUCCUUACAUCACUUUUCAAACAUAAUUCAAUAAUUAAUAUUUUACUUAAAAAAAAAAAAAAAAACCCAAUACUCUUACAAGCUACGUUUUUCUUCACAUUUUUUUUUAUGUAUAUUAUUACGCCAUUAAUUAUAUUAUAUUAUUUAGUUCUAAACAAAAUAUUUACAAUAUUUAAUAUACACCCGAAUUAGUUUGUUUUUUUUUUCUUUGUUUAAUUUUCUUUUUUUUUGGAAAAAGACAUACCGUCCCGUCCCUUCGUCCCAAUAUAAAUAAUGAGUGUACGCUAAAAAAAAUUUAAAAUAAUAUAAUAGUGCACUUCGUCUCCUUGACCCCUCCCCGAUUCGAGCACUGACGACAUCGCUACGGCACACGGUGGUCUGAAACCAAUUUUUAUUUGUUGUGAAAUCUAAAGACAAUUGUUUUUGAUAAUAUUAUUUUAGAUUGGAAUAUUUUGAGAAUAAAUUUAAAAUUUGAAAUCGAUUAUUUAAUACUCAAGUGGGAUAGAGCGAUUUGAUUAGAAAAAUGUAUAUACGUCUUUAUCGGAUUAUUCUCCACCAGUACUCUAAACAUUUUAAUUAAUUUUUUUCACUCAAACUCACACUCAUUAUAUUGUUUUACAUAAAAUUAUGAUAGAUUUUCUUACGAAAAACGAUUCUGAGCAAAGUAUUCUUAACCCGAAAAUUGCCAGUUUUUCCCAUUUAUUAAGAAAUAAAGUCUAAGGGAAAUCAAAAAUAAAAUACAUUUUCAAUGUACCAACUAGAUUAAAACUUCUACAAAAAGGUUUUAUCUAGUUGAAGUCGAAAUAUUCCAAAGAAAAAUAAUAUUUACCAUUUUUUUACAUUUUACAAACGGUACGUUUGGUCGGCUGAAAGUUGCAGGUUUCAGACCGCUGCAGUGUGUGGCAUAAUCGCACCUGGUCUAACCUUUUGUAUAAAUAUUCAUUCACAGACAAAUAUACGGAAAAAUAUAUUGACGACAUGGUGGACGUACUGUUCAAGAACAAGUAUAUGAAACCGGUCACUUACGCGGUGAGGGCGUCGCUCGCGGCCAAUUCAAUACACGAGCUACAAUAUCUGCUGGAAACGUCGCCGGCCGGAUCGACUCUGACCGUCUGGUGCAGCGACCCGAGAGACGUUAUCGACUAUCCGAAAUUGGUCAGUUUGGUCAACACCGUCGGGGCUAACCGGGUGUACUUGGACUUGCCGGACGACAAGUCCAAAACAUUUUUCGAAAUGUACACCGCUAGUGUCUCGGGCGCAGGGGCAGGCAUUGGUUUCGGUGCAGGAGCUUUGUUAUUCACGUCGUCAAUGCUCGCGUUAAAAAAUGUACUUCUUUAAAACGUAGAAAAUAAACAAAAUAUCGUCAGAUUAUUUUCAACGACGAUCGUCAGCGGGUCGAAAGACACGCAGCGAUAAUAUCGCAAACACCGUCCGGAAUAAUAAUCAAUUUAAUUUGUUAGGUACCUAAUAUGUUAUUAUUGUUGCGGGCGCAAUGCCACGAGGUUUAUUAAAAUAUAUUUAUAUGUAGCUAAUAUUAUUUUUUU